AGCCCCGGCGGGGCCUGCCGGGGGCUGUCGGGCCGGCCGUCGCGGCGACCUCGCGCCUGGGCCGGGGCUGGAGCGCCCCGCUGGCCUCCCUGAGACCCGGCGGCUCCUCCGAGGCUGGGGAGGCUGCAGGAGCGGCCUCGGGUACCAGCCUUGGGUACAGCCCCGGUGACCUUGAACUGCUCCGGCAUUUACUGUAAAUUCUUCUUGAUGACGGGUAGAGGAAAUAACAAAAUUCUCCUCUGUUUCAUGUGGUCUUUUCUUCUGUUUGUAGCAUGGGCCUACCUGCCCGAUUCUUACCUGUGCUCAGUGCAUGGCUGGAGGUGUGGCACUGGCUGGCUUCUUACAGCCUGGCUGGAGCGGCGACACAGAGUUGCCUGUGUUUUAAGUACUCGUGCCUUGCAUGACGGAGGCUUACACGCUUUCUCUGAGGUUUCUGGAGCAGUUUUCAAAGGUCCACCAAUCUUCAGUGUUGUCCGCAGGUUUCCAGAGCUGGGUCAUUCUCAGCUUGGUCUCAGUAACACUGAAACCAGACAGGCCGGGUAUCAGCAGGUGUGUAGCUGCUCGGGCUAAAGCUUGGCGUUCUCCAUUUUGUAUUUUAUUUUAACUGAGUGAGAAUGUGCUCAUCUAUUCUUUAAGGGAGUCUGUGUGUUGUGCAGCAGGUUGGCAGCAUCAUCCCUAUAAUUUUUAGCUGAGAUGGCCUUCCCUUCUAGACGAAGGCAUGACUUGACUUCUGGAGGUAUGAGAUAAAACAGACAACAUCUCACUCUGGUACCACUCUUGUGCAUCUCUGACAAAGCGAGUCCCAGGCUUAAGGGUGCUGGUAGCCCCAGGGACCUCUUCAUACCUCUGCCAACUGAACUGAAUGUCAUUUCAGUUUUGCUGCCCUGUGCAAGGUCAUGCGUGUGUGGGAACCUGUUCUGGUUCGAAGCAGGACACUUCAGAAAUGUGUGUCCAUAGUUAGAAGUGCUGUGAAGCAAUACAGGGUCUCGAUUUUGCUCACAAGUUCCUGUUUCCAUCCCAUUCAGUCACAAAGUAGAUUUUGCAGCUGGUGCAGGGCAGCUGUCUCCCAAGGGAGCCUGUAUGCCCGGGUGAUUCCAGGCAUGCCUUCGAUGGUGGUGAAACGUGAAACUGCAAUCCUUCCUGUUUGUGAUGGCGGCUUCCAAGGCCGCGAUGCUGACUGCCGCUGCGGGUUCCUGUUUUUCUGAUGGAGACGAUGAUGUUCCAUGAGCAGAAAUAGCAGGCUGGCCGGGGCCGUGUCUGGCGUGGGGAGAGCUGCGGCAGCGUGGCUGCGGAGCGCUGUGCCAGCAGUGCCUUCCUGCAGGGAGGGAGGACAGGCUUCGAGCCGCGUGUCUGCUUGGUUUGUGGCACCAUUUCCCACAGACUGCAGGGAUGCAGUGAGGUAGUUGGGGUUUUUUUCCAUAUUUUCCUUAGCUCAUACUUUUCUGCCUGUGGGAAGAGCAAGGCAGUAUCAAAGUGCAGGGCUUGUAGUGGGAGGAAGAAACAAUAACACUAUUCUCCGUCUACGUCCCUGGCUAUUUAACUUCAGAGCUUGACCUGCUUUGCUGGCAGCAUGAUGGUUCUGUAGCAAACACAUUGAAAGGCCUGAUCUGGUCAUGUACCCACCAGCUCUUGAACUUGCUGAACUUGGUGAAAAGGAACACUGAGAGCAGAAAAUGGUGUAGAAACUCACAAUAAUGCAUUCAUUUCUGAAAGUGGGUUCUUCUGCUGUAUAUGUGUCCCAGCCAGAGCCCAGCCAUGUGUGUGGUCAGUCACCUCAGCGGAGCCAGCAGAAAAGUAUGCCUAGGAUAAACUAAUAAAGGCGGAUGAGCUAACAAGGAAAUGGAGAGAACAAGCAAAAAGGCUAUAAACAGACCAACUUGGCAGUGCUGGCAGACAGGGAGGUGUGUGUGACUGUGGGCAUGGGUUGUGGGAAGGAGGCUGUGCCAGAAACCAGUGGAGUCCCAGAAGGCCUGUGCUACAGCUGGGCAUCGAGAUCCCGGGGACACCAUGCCUCCUGCCUUGAGGCAGUCUGGUUCGAGGGCUGGGAAGCAUUUGGGGUAGAGCCAGCAGCAUGGUGGCUGCUUGUCCAAGAGUGCAUCCUGUCCGUCUUGUCCUGCAGCCAUCCCACCCUGCUCUGCUGCGUGCUGCUUGGGGCUGGUGCUGCCAGGAUGCACAGGGGCUUUCUCGUUAGAGACACAUUCUUUCCCCACUGGCUUUGUCUGGGCAGCCCCACAGUGUUCUGGAGCUUCUUCCUGCCCCAGAGCUCACAUCCGGCUUCCUUUGGCUGCUGGGGUGUGCUGGGGGCUGGAUGCGGCCCCACAGCUGAGAACAGCCUCCAGGGAGCAUGCUCCCAGCUAAAGGGAAAAAUGUUCUUCUCAUUGUUUUGGCCUGUUCCCGGAAUAGCCCUGCAGUGAGUGGGAGGGCACAGGCAGCCUGCUGCAGGAUGCUGAGGGCCAUACCCUGGGCUGAGUGCUGGGCCACUGUGAUGGUAGGUGGGCAUGCGGGUCAAACUCACAUUGCUAAAGAGAAUUAAAAUAACAAGCUGCCUAAUAGAGGCAUUUAUAGAAUCCUGUCCUUAAUUUAAUCUCUUCUUUGACUGUUUAUUUUUUCAUUUUUAAGUUAAAAGGCGCAAUAGAAGAGAAUCCAAACUUUGUUGAUGCUCUUUCGGAGAAGUGCAGUGUAACUAAUCAUCUGCGUGAUUGCCCAGCCAGAGACUCCCCUCUGACCUGUGCAGAGUUCACAAAAACAUUUAUCCCAGUGUGCAGCUGACUUCUGCUGCCCCAUAUCUGUUGCAGAUGCAUCCUCAGUGCAUCCUCAGGCAGGGUGUCUGCCUGGUGUGGCCUGGCCGUGCUGCAGUGGCCACAGCAGGUUGCUUGCCGGGCAGGAGCUGUGCCUGCCGUGCCUGUGGGCUGCAGGCACGGGGCAGAGGAGGGUGCUGGCUCGCUGGGCAGGGGCAGUGGGUGCCCUGGCUGCAGCAGGUCUGCUCGGGGCCCGACGCCCGCGCUGCGCCGCGUUACCCCGUGCAUCCACCGCGGCCAGACGGACAGCCCCGCGCCAUAGAGGGGCUUUGUGUGCGCCGGCACAAAGUGAGGAUUGAUGCCGUGUCCCCUCCCCCUGCCCUGCGAGCAGGGCUGCACAUGGCUCCCACAAAGGUGCCCUUCUUCCUUGGCUGAGGACAGGGUGCCAGCAGGAGGGGGAGGCACCACACUGCGGGUUGGAGCGCCCACCCCUCCUGUGCUCGUGCCGGGGACCCCCUCGUCCUCAGCCUUGCCCAGGCUGAGCUGGCAGCUGCUCAGGUUCCUGCUGGGGCAGCUGGGCCUCCCUGCAGCAGGCCCCAGCGUGGAGGGACGGGGCCUGGGCAGUGCUCAGCAGCAGCCGCUUCAUCAGGCCGCGUUUGGUGGAGGGAGGCACCGUGUGAGCAGAUCUGCUUCCCUGCAGUGCCGCUGCAGCUGGGUGGGAGCCUGCCGGGUGGUGUUCUUAACACGCUGGGGAAUAUCAUCACUUACCUGGAUUUCAGUUCAGAACGGCCUAAGAGAAGCUUACGUCAGCAUUCAUUACCUCCCAGCUCCUCCCAAUGUGUAGUAAGAACUCACCACACUAUUGAGUGACUUGAAGAAGUUUCAGAAAACGUUCAUGAAGAACAGAUUGUAAGCUCUUUGUUAAAUUCACGUUAUGUUUCUUCCAUGCUGUAUGUUUGAGGUUCUGCGUUAUUUGCGAGCCCUCUGGAUGAGCUGUGGGGUGGCACAAGCAUUGGCACAGGGUCUGUCAUAGCUGUGCCAGUGCCUCCAGCAUUCCUGCUGCAAGGUCCUGUGCUCCUCGCCCACCCUGAGCACGGAGCCUGCUGGGAGAGCAGGGGCAGCCCCUGGGGCUCAGGCUGCACUUGCCAUCAUGCUCGAAGGUUUGAGCAGCUUUGGGAGUGAAGCAGGUUUGCUUUGCUCUGUGUGCUGGAUGCGUGUCCAGCACACUGGUGCUAAAGCAGAGCUCUCUCCUGUUUGGUUCAUCAGCAACAGUGUUUGCACCACUACUGGUCACUAGCACCUGUUUUGGACUCCUCAAGUAGUCUGGCUGUUCAUGUGACAUUAUUAUUGUUUACUUAGGGCCCAGACUUGCUCUUUUUUAUUGUCUGCAGCACGAUGUUUGUUCAGACUGGGCAUUGUGAAGUGUAAACCCAAUUCCACUGGCACCAGUACUCACCUCUGCCUUUUCUAGAAGCAAUGGAGACCAGCCCAUGGAAGCAACAAAAUGAGUCUCAGAGGCUGCCAGCCCAAAUUUCAAACCUAUUUGGCAUUGCACAAGUAUACCCUCUUAUCAAAAGCAAAUGAAAGUGCAGAAGGAUCAGUCCACAAUGCCUGAGGUGCGAGACCUCACGGAGGCGCUGCCCGAGCUGCCCAUGGAUCCCAUCACCGGCGUCGGUGUGCUGGCGUCCCGCAGCCGAGCGCCCACGGGAUAUGAUGUUGUUGCACAAACAGCAGAUGGCUUGGAUGCUGACCUGUGGAAAGAUGGCUUGUUUAAAUCCAAGGUCACACGGUACCUGUGCUUCACCAGAUCAUUUUCGAAAGAAAAUAGUCAUUUAGGCAACGUCUUGGUCGACAUGAAGCUCAUUGAUAUCAAGGACACUUUGCCUGUAGGCUUCAUGCCCAUCCAGGAGACCAUUGAUACACAAGAAGUAGCUUUCAGAAAGAAGAGGCUGUGCAUUAAAUUCAUCCCUCGAGAUUCUACAGAGGCAGCGAUCUGUGAUAUCCGAAUCCUGGGGAGAUCUAAGCAAGCCCCUCCUCAGUACACCUUCAUAGGGGAGCUGAACAGCAUGGGUAUCUGGUAUCGGAUGGGCAGAGUGCCGCGCAACCACGACUCCGCACAGCCUGCGGCUCCUCCCGCCCAAGCACCGGCUCCAACGCCCGCUCCCAACCUGCCAAGGCAUAUCUCACUGACGCUGCCAGCCAGCUUUCGGGGCAAGAGUCACAGCACCCGCCUGGACCUGGAGCACCAGCACUCCAACCUGUACGCCAUCUCAGCAAUGGAUGGAGUGCCUUUUAUGAUUUCGGAGAAGUUUGCCUGCGCUCCUGAAGGGAUGCAGCCGGUUGAUCUCUUGGGUAUCACAAUCAAAACCCUUGCAGAAAUCGAAAAGGAGGUGUCUGUCUUGGCUAGCCUUUCUUUCUCGUGUAUUAACAAUACAUGGCAGUGGCAGAACACCCUGAGGUGCCUCUUGUGUGUCAGGGGGCAGAUGGACUUGACUCAGCAGGGUCAGGUAAACAGCUUCACGAGUCUUUAGUUUGCUGAUGCUGGGAAGUUGUUGCUGGGAGAGCUGCGCUGCACUGAGUGGGAGUGAGUGUUUGAGGAGCCAGGGAGGAGGCAGCCACCACACCAGGGGGGUUCUGAGGGGGUGUUCUGGCUCAUGCAUGACGUGUGUGGCACGGUGCCGAGGAGCUCUCUGCUCUGCAAAGGUCACAUCACACUUCACAUCUGAAGUCUCAGACUAGGAAGAAACUUGUCUCAGCAGCACAUGCUUCUUCAGGCACCACUGGUCACAAAGGCCUCCUCCUAUGCCUUCUAGCUGGGUUCAAGGGACAGAGUGAGAAGAUGACAUCACAAAGCUGCCAGAUUCCCCAAAGCUUCUCCACUUCUUUAUUCCAGUUGAGUGUAGUUGCCCAGAUCCACCCUCUUGUGCCUGAAAGUCUUGUCUGAGUGCAAGACGAUGGUCAGGCCCAGUUGCCAGGGCUUUUGCAGGCUCCCUGUGGGACUGCAGGGGCUGCAGUGUGGAUCUGAAGAUGCUGCCUGACAGGGGCAGUGGCUGACAGAUGCACCAGUGCCACAGGCACUGCAGCGUGCCACGUGGCACACAUGCCACCGCUCUGGGACUGCCCGUGGCUGUCAGGAGGGACCCUGGCAGCAGGGGAUGCUCAGGGCUCAGGGCCCUUCCACGUGCCUGGCUGCGUUCCCACCCUUGCCCUGAGCUGGCCAGGGAGCAGACGGCCCCUUUGGCCCAAGGGGAGUCCAUGUGGUGCUGAAUUUGCUGCUGCAUGGUCUCUGUGUGUUGCCUGGCUGUGGGAGAGGUCUGGCAGCUGGGGGGCUGCCUGGAGGGGGCUGGGCUGCACAGCCCUGCUUGUGCCCUCGCAGGCUGGCGGAGCGUGGGGACAGCAGCACUGCAGUCACUUGUGUGGGCCAGGGAGGAGAGGCCAAGACCUGCCUGCUCUCCCACAGCUCCUGCUCUGUAGCAGGCUGUGUGCGUUCCAGCGUAAUGAAAAGUAUGAUUAUGCAGCCCAUAUUCCUUGAUGAAGCAUCUUGUCUGCACAUAGAGAGCUACACAUAUAAAUAUUGUGAAUUUCGGCAUGGCUUUAUUUCCCUUGCAAGCAAUAGCACCAUUACAGCAAAUCUUCUGGAUAUCCAAAGCAGCCAGAACAUUCUCCCUGGAGCAAGAUGCCUUGCAAAAAAUAUUCCCAAAGAAUUCCAAGAAUUACUGUUCUCUGUCACCACAUUUGCAGAUGUAUGCACCCAUCCUCCAAGCUGCAGGCAGCUGAAUUUGAGGACUCUGCCCUGUCAGGAAAAUGAUGGAAAUAGGUGCAAAUCCUGGACUGCACCUGAGCUGCUCUCGCUGCCGCAGGAUGGCACAGCUGUGCCCGGGGCCGUGCACAGAGAGCUGGGCUAUGCAGGGGUGGUGAAGCGCAGGUGUAAGCAGCACAUGCCAUCACUUCGUGGCUGAUUUGGUGGGUGUAGGACAGAGAGGAGAGUGCAGGACAGACAGUGCUGCUGGCAGGUCUCCCAGCAGGGCUCUGGGGUUUGUCCGUGCUACCCCUGCCUGUCCCGGGUAGGGUGGAGCGGGCACCUGGGCAGGGGCAGGUGAUAGGGCAGGUGGUGGCACUGUCACUGCUCACAGCUCUGGUGGAUGUGUGGCAGCGAGGGCAGCGGUCUGGGCCCUGGCAGGGUGCACCCUGUCUUCAUUUGAGCUUGGCAUUGUGUAAAACGUCUAGAGAGUCUAAUUAGUAAAGGGAGCAUCCAAUAUUCAUCAUUCCUUUUAAACUGAUAAGGAAGGCAGUUCAUUUAACCACUGAAUUGCUACAAGUUUUCAUGGGCUGCUUUUUGCAAAUAUAUUUAAUGAAGAAGUUGUAAAUCUAGAAGAGCUUAAAAUUUUAAUUUUACACAGAAAUAUUUUUCCUUGUUUGCAUGUUUGUAGUCAAUUCUCCUGAGUGCAGUCACAUGAAAUGUUCUUUAAAUGAACAUAUUUGCUAACUGGCAUGAUUUCAGAUUUUAAAACAUUGGUUCCAGCAAUUAGGAGUUUCCUCAGUUCCCCAAUGACUGGAGAGAUUCGUCUUGAUUAUAAUUGCUCUUAGCCACGCAUAUCUAAUUUGUGUCUUUUUAAGUGUUAAUUAGUAAACAGUUUGAGCUGA